AUUGAUGUUAGUUAAAGUAGACAAAAAAGCAGCAUUGUAAUGGUGUUUUACAAGAAGCAGUGCAGUAUGCACAUUGAAGGGCAGGUUCUCGAUGAUGCCAAGACCUUACUCAAUCUUCUCAUUCCAUGAAACUGAGUUUACACAUGUGUGUAUGCAUGUGUUAUGUGUCUAGAAAUAAUGGAGACUACUCAAUCUGCUGUCGAUAAAGAGGCUGAAGUGAAAUUUCUGCAAGCUUAAAUAAGGACAUCUCAAAUUUGGAUUCCAGCAUCAGUGUGACAUAAUGUGCAUGUACAGUGUAGCUCUUCAGUCAGGAGAACCUUGCAGUCUCCUGAUGUAAUCAUUACAGUCAGUUAUCGUGGUUAUAAUGCCUCACCCUGCUGUGUACAUAUCCUGCUCCACUCUGCUAAUACCUCAUUAGGAAUUCAUGGCAAUAGCAUCAGGACCUAUUACAAAGCUCAAGAGAUUUUCAUCUUUUGUGUGGGGAUUUAGGAUGUUUAGCUGCACUUCAAGAUCAGCUGUAGCGGCUAAUGGGCCUACAAAUAUAUAUGGCUUCACGGUGAAGGACAUUGAUGGAAAUGAAGUUUCUCUCUCCAAAUACAAGGGUCAUGUGGCUCUGAUUGUCAAUGUGGCCUCUCAAUGAGGUCUAACCAACAAGAACUACGCUCAGCUACAAGAACUGCACGCUAAGUAUGCUGAGUCAAAGGGCUUGCGGAUCCUGGCCUUCCCAUGCAACCAGUUUGGUGGUCAGGAGCCAGGAACUGACGAACAAAUCAAGGAGUUUGCAGCAAAGAAAGGAGCUCAGUUUGACUUGUUUGAUAAGAUUAAUGUCAACGGUGACAAUGCCAUUCCUCUCUACAAAUUCCUUAAGAAGAAGCAGCACGGAACACUUACCAAUGCAAUUAAAUGGAAUUUUUCAAAGUUUUUAAUCAACAAGAAAGGAGAGCCAGUGAAGAGAUACGGUCCCCAAACUGCUCCUAAGGACAUAGAGAAAGACAUAGUAAAGGAACUUGAUCAACCAGAAUAGAUUUGUGUAGAAUGUCAUCAUCCCCUUCAAUGAGUUGAUUGGAGCACCUCUAAUGCUGCAAGAUAAGAUGCUGAUUACCUGCCUCCAUCAGUCCAGAUUAUAGCUGUUCUCAUACCAGUGGUGUAUGUAAUGGAUUCAGUCUCUGCUCUUACAUCCCUCAUUCCAUCAGUGAUAGCAAUCAGUGCAUGAUGCUGGACCAGCAUAUACCUCACUCAGUUUGACAUCACUACUUCAGUUGCUACAAGUAGAAGCCAUUACUGAGAUGGUGCCAUGUGCAAGCAUACAUGCGCUUUGGCAUGUUGCAAACCCCCUUUCAGCCGAGGGAGCACCAAUUUGAGCAUACAACCUGCAGGCGAGCAUGGUACCACCGCAGUAUUCUCGGCUUAUUGCCAUUACCAGAAUAUUUUGUAUGGCUCUCAGGUGUGUGAAACAUUGUAAACAAAUAUUGACUGCCUUGAGUGGCAUCUUGUCUCUCAGUGGUCUGUAGAGCAUUUUUUCCUGAGAAUCCAAGAUCCCUAAGGAAGGCUCGUGUUACUGUACUAUUGUGUUAAAGCAAGUAAUGGUUUUUUGUAUAUAGCCUUGGCUAUAUACUGCACAGUUUACCAAAAAGCUGAUAGAGUUGUUCCCGUUCAAUACAGAUUUGCAGUUCAAGUUGCUUAAAGGUCGAAUGAAAUGUAAUGAUGAAUGGCACACAACAUUUGUAUUCAUUGUUUUUAAUGAUCGAUAUACAGAUUACUGAUUACCAGCAAUGGACACAGUUCACUGGGGUUUCACAUACACUCAAUUGAAUCCAGGUAAUGUCUUAUGUAUUGUUUUUAGAAGGUUUGUACGAUGGUGCUACUGUCAGUUUGUGGUGAAAUGUAACAGCCGUUUCAGACUAGCAUUCCAGAGCCAUGCCAAGCCAGAAGUAUUAGGGGCAACUCUACUUGGCCCUAAUAGAUGUUGUUUUCAGACCGGCAAACUUAAUCUAUUAUAAAUGUCCCAUGACUAGACUGCAGCAAUCUUGCAACUAUACUUCUACAUCAAAUUGCCCAAGUUUCAUAUGAAGAAUAUAAUUCCAAACCUUAGGAAUAAAUAGUUUCGGCAUGACUUUAGAAUGCCAGUCUGGAAUGGUUGCAAGUACUGGGACUUGAUCCUGAGCAGUUAACACAGAUUGGAUGAUAUUCAGUAAUGUUUCUUUUAAAUAAUAAAACAAUUUUUUCACACAAUAAAUUGAGGACUGUAUUUACUGUGGUAAUGGAAUUGGCCUGUACGUGUAUGUGCAAAUAUUAAGUGAUUUUUACCGUUAUUAAAGUAAUUUAUUUUAAUGCUUGUGUGGUUUUAAAGAUGACUUCACUUAUAGAUGUCAGAGAAUGUAUAUUUUAGACUAUUUGGUCAGUACUGAUUGAAUUAUUUUAGAUAAGUGAGUAGUUGAUGACUUUGUAGAACCAGUAGUACCAGGCUGAGAAACUAACGAAAUGAGACAAACCCAUGUAUGAAAGCUGGCUGUAGAUCAGGCUCCAUGAAGGCUGAGUCUUAAACCGUUACCAUAACGAGGGAAUCAGCUGGAUCUCUGCGUGCUCGCCGUGAUCGCAGCCAAUCAGACAGGAGGGUCUCUCUCCUUUCAAGUUUCUAAUCCUGCAUCUUAUCAAAAAAAUUGAAAAAAAAAGUAGAGUUUUUCUUCUUCCCAUUUGCAUUGAUAAAAGUUAUCAAGGUUCUAAAGUAUGUUGGUGAUAUUUUGUGUUUCAAAUUAACUUUCUUUUGAGUUGAGAUGCAUAAUUAUAUGCAUCUUAUAAAUUGGACUGAAUUUAUUGUAGUUUUGAACAAAAUGUAUGGCUUCGCUUAUUUGAACAAGUGAACUACAUGUACAUUUGUUUGUGGUUAUAUCAGUUUGUAUUGCACUUUGAUGAAAUUAUAGCAGUCUAUUGAUAAAACCAAUUAAUUCAAUGGGGAUUGACACCCCUCCCCCCCUCAAAAAAAAUUAGACAUCACAAUUUCAGAUGUGUAAAUAUUCAAUUCUUGUGCACUUUGAUCCCUUUUGGAUGGCUUUGGCCAAUACAUUUCGCAGUUAAUUUGAAAGUUACAAAGCAUUUACCUGACCAUUGAUAAAAAGUUCAUUUAGUUUUAAAGGCAUAUAGGAUCAUUUGCAUUUAUCCAAAAGUAUUUAUUAUCAAAGAGCGUACUUGGAUUACAGAUCGUACUUGGUACUAAACACCCCACAAAAUUAUUCCGUCUGGCUUGCUGCCAUUUAGCAGAAAUCAAGAUGUAAGAAAUGUCUGUGAUUUUCAAUGGUCAGUCAAUUGAUUGAUUUUUGGAAAUACAGACUGCUAUGGAUGAAAACAUGUUUUGUGAUCAAAAUGCUUUGCAUGGUUUUCACAGUUUUUGAGACUGACAUUCUUCUUUGGAUUUUGAGUGUUGUUAUUAUUGGCAACAAACAAAAUGCACACACAAAAUGAUCCAUAAAGGAAUUGCCUUGCAGUGUGACUCAUACCUGAAGGAUGUUUGAAAUAUUUUAUGCAAGGAGUUGUUAAUUAUUGUGUGUAUUCAUGCUAUUAGAUUGUCAAAGUCUGCAAUGAAAAAAAAAAAUGAAUAUUGAAAAACCUAAGGAUUUCUCAACAUGUGACUGAAGAUUUUUGUUAUCUUUCAACAAUACCAAUACCUUAAAAUAUGCCGGAAAAAUGCCAGGAAUUGCACUUAUAUAGAGACAUCAAGUAAUAAGUGUAACAGUAUUUUUUUUUUACAUAUAUUAGGGCUAAAUCUAAUCUUGGGCAACUACAUUGUAUAUACAGACUACCUGGUCUACUUGCAAACUUGCAAGACAAAAAUAAUGCUUGCAUUUUGCCUCUAUGUGAAAAGGAAAUCUCAGAAGUCUUUACAGAUGUUCUAUCUGUGCUGUUGUUAAGUUCCACCCCUUAAAAUACCUGGGUAUAUUUUUGAAUCAAUAUUUUUCUGGCAGUACUAAAGUUAUUCAAUUUUGAAUGAGACAUUGAACAGAAAAAUUGGCCCAUAUUAUUGAAUGGUGACUUGGCUAUUUCAAAUUAUUUGCUGCCCAAUAAUAAUUCAUCUCUCACAGGUUCUUAACCCCUAUCAGAAUUGAUAAUACAGUAUAGGGACCUGGAACCAGUCUACUUACAUGACAGAUCUGCUUGUGCAUAAAAGCAACCCCCCCCCCCCUAAAAAAAAAAAAAAAAAACAGCCCAACAAACCAAACAAAGCCUUUUCAGAGGGUUGCAGGAACACAAAUUAGAAAUACAAGGAGAUUUUUUGGGGGUGUCUAUUUUUUAAAUAAAAACAUACAAGUUGAAAAGUUAAAGUAGAAAAGAAAUUGAAUUCAUUAACCAGCACAGACUACAUCUUUGAAUUAAGUUUUGCAUGCAUCAUUUGAAGGUGAUUAGUUUUCAUGGAUGACCUGCCUCUUCAAGCAGGGCAAAUUUUAAAAUUUCAGCUCAUUCUCAAAACGCAAGACUUGUCCCUAGAUGUGUGUUCUGGAAUAGAAGUCUUGCCUAAAAAACGUUAAGAGUGCAAGGGUUAUGCAUAUAUAUUGUGAUGAACCUUCCAAAAUCAGGCCCUUCCAUACUUUUUUUAAAUUCUGUGAUGUUUAUUUUAAUGCAGCUGUGUGUGAUCUAUAACCUGAAAUGUAAUAAAUAUACAUGUAUGUUCAAUGAACACAGAUAA